AUGUGUUUCUCGUUAUGCUCUUUAUUUCCCGAAGAUUAUGAGAUUUAUGUGGAGGAGCUGGUGAGAUAUGCAUGGGGACUAGAGUUGUAUAAAGGUAUGGGCUCAAUUAAAGUAGUGAGGAGUGAAGUGCUUGCGGCGAUGGACAUCCUCAAGGAUUCUUGUUUGUUGUUAAAUUGUGGAGAAAGGCAUGUUAAAAUGCAUGACUUGGUUCGUGACAUUGCUUUGUGGAUAGCGUCAAACAGAAAGGAGUUUUCUUUUAUGAUAAAAUCUGAGGUUGUUGAAUUGUGGCCAAAGGAUGAAAGUUGUGAGCCUUAUGAAGCAGUCUCCUUCAAGACUAGUCGGAUUGUUCAACUUCCUAAAGGACUAGUAUGCCCAAAUCUCAAAAUUCUUUUACUUGGUGGAGAAGGGAAGAUGACAACUUCAAGUGAAUUCUUUGAAGGAAUGAAAGCAUUAAAAGUUUUCGCUUUGAAUUCUAGAUUGAUAUCUCCGGAUGCAUUUCAGUUUCAAACAAACCUUAGAACUCUAUAUUUGGAACAUUGCAAACUCUUGGACAUCUCAGUGCUUGAGAAGUUGAAGAAACUUGAGGUUCUUUCAUUUAGUUGGUCUGAUAUCAAAGAAUUGCAAGAAGAAAUAGGUUUGGAUAAUCUUAAAUUGUUGGAUUUAUCAUAUUGUGGAAAACUACAGAGAAUCCCUCCUCAGUUAAUACGAAGAUUGUCCCAAUUAGAAGAACUAUACUUGCAUGGUUGUGAAAGAAUAAAAUGGGCCACUGAGAACACAGUUCAAGAAGAAAGCUAUGCCAGCCUAUCAGAGUUGAAUUCCUUGUCAAACUUGAUCGUAUUGUCUUUAGUGGUUUCCCCUGCACAUGUUCCGAAAGACUUUUUGUUUUGUAAAUUACAAAGGUUUUAUUUAUUUGGGGAUACAGAAUCUCUUAAUCUGAAAAAUGUGGUGGGUUGCCAAAAUUUUGUUCCAAGCUUCGAGUCGGGCCGAGUGGUAUUCAGUAAGCUGACUACUCUGGAUCUUGAGAGUUGCGAGCAUAUGAAAUGUCUCAUUGAUACUACAAAGCAGCAGUUGCUACCCAAUGCAUUCUCUAAUUUGUUAAAAUUAUCUUUAAAAAAUAUGCGUGGUUUGGAAGAGCUGUGCAGCGGUCAUCAACCGCAUGGGUUUUUGGUAAAAUUAAAAACUUUGAUGAUAGAUAAAUGCAGGGACAUGACAUGUGCAAUUCCAAUUCUACAAUGUCUUGAAAGGUUGGAAGUUAAAUAUUGUGAUGAGAUGCAAGUGCUAUUUCAGAUUGCUGAAUUGGGGAGCAUACAACGAGGACCCAGUCAUCAUGUAAGCUUACAAAGUUUGAAGGUUGUAACAAUACACAACUGCAAUAAAUUGCGAUAUCUGUUCCCUAUGUCUGUUGCUCAAAGUCUUGGACAACUGGAAACACUGGAAAUACCCAGCUGCUUGGAAUUGGAAGAAAUAAUUCCUGAAACGGAAGUGUCAAACAUCAAUCUCCAAAGUCCAAGGGAAGUAUAUCUAAAUGACAUUACAUUGGAAGGUUUGCCUGAAUUAAAAGGAAGGGAUGGACAUGACAUUAUACUCGCGCUGCCUUCUUUACAAGAGUUGGAAAUGAGAGAGUGUCCACAAUUGACUCCUUUUAUCAUUUCGGCUAAAAUACAGAUUGCUGGAUUGAGGAGCAUACAAGAAGGACCCAGUUAUUAUGUAAGCUUACAAAGUUUGAAGGUUGUAACCAUAGGCAACUACAAUAAAUUGAGAUAUCUCUUCCCAACGUAUGUUGCCAAAAGUCUUGGACAACUAGAAACACUGAACAUAUACGACUGCUUUGAAUUGGAAGAAAUAAUUCCCAAAACGGAAGUGCCAAACAUCAAUCUCCAAAGUCUAAGUGAAGUAUAUGUAAGUCGCUGCAAUAACUUGACAUCUCUUUCCUCAUUGUCGCAAGGUCUGAGUUAG